AUGAGCUCCGGCAACAACACCAUAAGCGCCGCCAUCGAGGCCGUGGGGGGAUGGGGCCUCCGGCGGCUCCUCACGGAGAUACACACCGUGGAGCUUCUCCUCGCGGCGGCCAUCUUCGUGGCCUUCCACUCCCUGAGGCAGCAGAAAACGCAGGGCCUGGCCGUGUGGCCGGUGGUGGGCAUGCUGCCGUCUCUGGUCCUGGCCCUGCGCCAGGACAUGUACGAGUGGGUCACCGAGGUCCUCAACCUGCAGAACGGGACCUUCGUCUUCAAAGGCCCCUGGUUCACAAACCUCCACUGCGUGGUGACGGCAGAUCCCCGGAACCUGGAGUUCAUGCUCAAGACCAAGUUCAGCAGCUUCCCCAAGGGGGAGUACUUCCGGAACACCGUCCGCGACCUGCUGGGUGACGGCAUCUUCAACGCCGACGACGAGACGUGGCGCCGGCAGAGGAAGGCGGCCAGCCUUGAGUUCCACUCCGCGGAGUUCCGCAACUUGACCGCGCAGUCCCUCGUCGAGCUGGUCCACUCACGGCUCCUGCCGGUGCUGGAGUCGUCUCGCCGAGCAGGCGAGACGGUGGACCUGCAGGACGUGCUGCUGAGGUUGACUUUCGAUAACGUAAGCAUUCUCGCCUUCGGGGCCGACCCGGGCUGUCUGAGCCCCGGGCUACCGGAGAUUCCCUUCGCCCGUGCCUUCGAGGAGGCGACGGCGGCCACCAUCGUGAGGUUCGUCACUCCGACCGGCAUCUGGAAGGCCCUGCGCUAUCUCCAGCUGGGGACCGAGCGGACGCUCAGGAAGAACAUCUUGGGGGUCGACGAGUUCGCCUACAAGGUUAUCAGCACGAGGAAGAAGGAGCUCGCCCUGGAGUCCGAUGAGAAGAAGGCCCCAAGGGCAGACUUGCUGACAAUCUUCAUGAGGCUCAGGGACGACGACGGUGAGCCCUUCUCCGACAAGUUCCUGAGGGACAUUUGCGUCAACUUCAUCCUCGCCGGAAGGGACACCUCCUCGGUGGCGCUGGCCUGGUUCUUCUGGCUGCUGGGCCGCAACCCGGGUGUGGAGGAGAAGAUCCUCGCCGAGAUUCGCGGGAUCAUCAACGACAGGGAGCCUUCCUCCAGCACGGCGGAGAAGGACGGUUCCCCUCUGGUUUUCCGGCCGGAGGAGGUGAAGAAGAUGGAGUACCUGCAGGCGGCGCUGUCGGAGUCCUUGCGGCUGUACCCCUCGGUGCCGGUGGAUCACAAGGAGGUAGUAGACGUACAUCUUUUUCUACUCCCUCCCCACGUAGCCCGUAUAAUCUUCACCGUAUACUCUCCCAACCGUCUCUUUCUUUGCACGAGUCCUGCGCGGUAAGUACAGAUAUUCUAACUGCAUAUUAGGGUAACGUCCAAGGUUCCUCCUUUUUCUGUUAGAAUCUCUCUGAUCAGAGCAGAUGGGUCUCCAUCUUGUGAAAACCCUCCCGUUUCUCUCUCUUCUCUCUCUCUCUCUCUUAACAUCGGAGGGAAUCGCUGUUGCUCGUACACAGCUGGUGGAGGACGAGGUGUUCCCAGACGGGACGGUGCUGAAGAAGGGGACCAAGGUGGUGUACGCCAUCUACACCAUGGGAAGGAUGGAGAGCAUAUGGGGCAAGGACUGCAGAGAGUUCAAGCCGGAGAGGUGGAUCAGGGACGGGCGAUUCGCAAGCGAGUCGGCCUACAAGUUCACCGCGUUCAACGGGGGGCCAAGGCUCUGCCUGGGGAAGGACUUUGCUUACUACCAGAUGAGGUUCGUCGCCGCCUCCAUCCUCCUCCGCUACCGCGUCCACGUCGUCGAGAACCACCCUGUGGAGCCGAAGCUGGCGCUGACCAUGUUCAUGAAGCGCGGCCUCAAGGUGAACCUCUCCCUUCGAGAGGGCCACCCCAACUAA